AUGGAUGAACGACGACUUGGCAAGCCAGUGGUUGGCCUUCACAGCCCUUCCCAGCCGUCUCUGCUACUGCCUCUGACGAAAACAGGACGAAACAGCAGGGUUUAGGGUCAAGGGUUUGGGGGGUGGCGGGUGGACGAGGAACGCAGGAAAGGUGCGCCACUGCGUCUGGUGGAGCUGCGUUAGCGGUCGGCACCAGCUCGGUUGUGGUCAAUUGACGGGUAUCGUAUCGGCGUUGGGGUGUUCCGCUUCCUUGUUCUUCAAGUUGCCGCCGGCUAUCGAGGGCAACUUCUUGGACUCUAUUGCCGCCGAGAAGGGGAACUUCUUUGUCGGAUUCGCCAAAUACGGACAUUGGAAGGUACGAUCGUCAAGGGAUCGGCGAUACGGUCGACAAGGGAUCGGGGGGAGUUGAGAGACGGUCCAAUGGUCCAGGAAGACAGAGAGGCGUUCAGAUUAGAGAGGCAGGGCUGCCUGAGCUGUCAACGUUUGAGUCUGACCGAAGGAAGUCGUGUCUCACCCACUUGCACCGGGAGUGCACGCUUCACUGUGUGGUCGUUGUGUGUGUGUGUGUGUUGUGUGCAGCUGAAGUUGGUACUCGUACGCACAAGCAGUGCCGGUCGCAUUUCCAGAAGACCUUCCUCUACUCACUGCCCGAAACCGAGCGCCAGGAGGUGGGCAGGGAGGGCGACGCGACACACACGGGAGGGCGGGGAGAGGGAGAGAGGCGCUUUGCAAUGGAAUCCCUCAACCAGUCGUGUGUGUGGUCUGUGUGUGGUGGCGUCUGUGCAGCGCGCCCAGCAGUUUAUCCAGCAGGAGUUGGAGCGUACGUGAUGGCUGAGCAGGGUGCUUAUCCCCCC